AUGAAUUGGGGAAUCAUCGCCCUGUUGUUGCUCCUGUCUCUGGCAUCAGCCAAUUGUGUUUGGUCACUAGGUAAGGUGAUGUUGUUCCCUCAGGAGUCAGACACUGCCUAUGUGCAGCUCACUCCGAAGAAACCUCUGAAUUUUCAGGCCUUCACUCUCUGCAUGCGCAUGUCCUCUGAACUCAACAGUAACCGUGAGACCAUCCUGUUCGCUUACCGCACUAGCCAAGCUGACGAGCUCAACGUGUGGCGAGAGCUAGGAGGAUACUCCCUUUACCUGAGAAGCAGUGAUGACGGGGUUACGUUUAAUCUACCGCCGCUGACCGCUGUCCCCACUCACCUGUGUGUCACCUGGGAGUCGAGCACCGGAGCCACCGCCUUUUGGGUGAACGGUCGGCGCAGCAUGCUGAAAAUCUACAGACGUGGGUUUAGUUUAACUCCAAAUGGAGCUAUAAUUCUCGGACAGGAUGCUGACUCGUAUCUGGGUGGCUUUGAAAAAAAACAGAGCUUUGUGGGUGAGAUUACAGACGUACACAUGUGGGAUAUGGUGUUAGGUGCAGGUCAGAUCAAGCAGAUGUACGAGGAUCAGUGUCGUUCUCCAAAUGGGAAUGUGCUGGACUGGAAUUCUCUCCAGUACAAAAUCAGUGGGAAUGUGGUUGAGGUGUCUGGGCCAGCAGCCUAGCUUAAAAAGUCUGAUAUCUGAUUCAGCAUUUCUCUCCUUUCAUUUCCAUUUCCAAUCAAGUUUGUGAUUCUUAUUACUGACUAAUCAGUGUCUGGGAU